AUGCUAGAUACCAGUCUCACUUGUACAGCUCAUACGGUUUACGUAUCAGACACCAAUCUCACUGGUACAGCUCAUACGGUCUACGUAUCGGACACCAGUUUCACUGGUACAGCUCAUACGGUCUACGUAUCGGACACCAGUCUCACUUGUACAGCUCAUACGGUUUACGUAUCAGACACCAGUCUCACUGGUACAGUUCAUACGGUCUACGUAUCGGACACCAGUCUCAUUGGUACAGCUCAAACAGUCUACGUAUCAGACACCAAUCUCACUGGUACAGCUCAUACGGUCUACGUAUCGGACACCAGUUUCACUGGUACAGCUCAUACGGUCUACGUAUCGGACACCAGUCUCACUGGUACAGUUCAAAAGGAUUCAGAUUUAGACUGA